UCUCCCAUAGGAAAGAUGAUUCCGGUGGCCGAAUUCAAGCAGUUCACGGAGCAGCAGCCCGCGUUCAAGGUGCUCAAACCCUGGUGGGACGUGCUGGCGGAGUACCUCACCGUGGCUAUGCUCAUGAUCGGGGUCUUUGGCUGCACCCUGCAGGUGACACAGGACAAGAUCAUCUGUCUGCCCAGUCACGAACUCCGGGAGAACUUAUCAGAGGCCCCGUGCCAGCAACUGCUGCCCCGGGGCGUCUCUGAGCAGAUGGGGGGCCUCCGGGAGGUAAGCGGCCUCAAGAACAAUCUGGACCUGCAGCAGUACAGCUUCAUUAACCAGCUCUGCUACGAGACAGCCCUCCACUGGUACGCCAAGUACUUCCCCUACCUGGUUGUCAUUCACACGCUCAUCUUCAUGGUCUGCACCAGCUUCUGGUUCAAGUUCCCCGGCACCAGCUCCAAGAUCGAGCACUUCAUCUCCAUUCUGGGCAAAUGUUUCGACUCGCCGUGGACCACACGGGCCCUGUCCGAGGUCUCUGGGGAGAACCAGAAGGGCCCCGCCGCUGGACGGGCGACGGCGACCGUGGAGGCCUCGGCAGGGCCCGGAAAGGCCGAUGAGGGUGAGAAGGAGAAGGUGCUGGUGGAGCCUGAGAAGGUGGUGACUGAGCCACCGGCCGUCACCCUGCUGGACAAGAAGGAGGGUGAGCAGGCCAAAGCCCUGUUUGAGAAGGUCAAGAAGUUCCGCGUGCAUGUGGAAGAGGGGGACAUCUUGUACACCAUGUACAUCCGGCAAACGGUGCUCAAAGUCUGCAAGUUCUUUGCCAUCCUGGUCUACAACCUGGUCUACGUGGAGAAGAUCAGCUUCCUGGUGGCCUGCAGGGUCGAGACCUCAGAGGUCACGGGCUACGCCAGCUUCUGCUGCAACCACACCAAGGCCCACCUCUUCUCCAAGCUGGCCUUCUGCUACAUCUCCUUCGUGUGCGUCUACGGGAUCACCUGUCUCUAUACGCUCUACUGGCUCUUCCAUCGGCCCCUCAAGGAGUACUCCUUCCGUUCCGUGCGGGAGGAGACGGGCAUGGGUGACAUCCCCGAUGUCAAGAAUGACUUUGCUUUCAUGCUGCACCUCAUCGACCAGUAUGACUCCCUCUACUCCAAGCGCUUCGCCGUCUUCCUCUCCGAGGUCAGCGAGAGCCGCCUGAAGCAGCUCAACCUGAACCACGAGUGGACGUCCGAGAAGCUGCGGCAGAAGCUGCAGCGCAACGCCCGGGGCCGGCUCGAGCUGGCCCUCUGCAUGCUCCCGGGGCUGCCCGACACCGUCUUCGAGCUCAGCGAGGUGGAGGCGCUGCGGCUGGAGGCCAUCUGCGACAUCACGUUCCCCCCGGGCCUGUCGCAGCUGGUGCACCUGCAAGAGCUCAGCCUCCUCCACUCGCCCGCCAGGCUGCCCUUCUCCUUGCAGGUCUUCCUGCGGGACCGCCUGAAGGUCAUCAGGGUCAAGUGUGAGGAGCUCCGCGAGGUGCCCCUGUGGGUGUUUGGGCUGCGUGGCCUGGAGGAGCUGCACCUCGAGGGGCUCUUUGUCCCCGAGCUGGCUCGGGCGGCGACCCUUGAGAGCCUCCGGGAGCUGAAGCAGCUCAAGGUGCUGUCUCUGCGGAGCAACGCCGGCAAGGUGCCAGCCAGUGUGACGGACGUGGCCGGGCACCUGCAGCGGCUCAGCCUGCACAAUGACGGGGCCCGCCUGCUGGCCCUGAACAGCCUCAAGAAGCUGGCGGCGCUGCGGGAGCUGGAGCUGGUGGCCUGCGGGCUGGAGCGCAUCCCGCAUGCCGUCUUCAGCCUGGGGGCGCUGCAGGAAUUGGACCUCAAGGACAACCACCUGCGGUCCAUUGAGGAGAUCCUCAGCUUCCAGCACUGUCGCAAGCUGGUCACGCUCAAGCUGUGGCACAACCAGAUCGCCUACGUCCCUGAGCACGUGCGGAAGCUCCGGGGCCUCGAGCAGCUCUACCUCAGCCACAACAAGCUGGAGACCCUGCCCACGCAGCUCGGCCUGUGCUCCGGCCUCCGCCUGCUGGACGUCUCCCACAACGGGCUGCGCUCCCUGCCGCCCGAGCUGGGCCUCCUCCAGAGCCUGCAGCAUCUGGCUCUGUCCUUCAAUGCCCUGGAGACCCUGCCCGAGGAGCUCUUCUUCUGCCGCAAGCUGCGGACGUUGCUCCUGGGCUACAACCACCUGAGCCAGCUCUCGCCCCAGGUGGGCACCCUCAGAGCCCUCAGCCGCCUGGAGCUCAAGGGCAACCGCUUGGAGGCGCUGCCGGAAGAACUUGGCAACUGCGUGGGGCUCAAGAGAGCAGGGCUCGUGGUGGAGGACACGCUCUACGAGGGCCUGCCGGCAGAGGUGCGGGAAAAAAUGGAGGAGGAGUGAAGCGAAAGGUGGGGCAGGUGGAGGUGGAGG